CAUGCGCGGCCCUACCAGUGCCGGGCUGGAAAGAAACCACGAGCCGUUGCUCCCCUGCAGUUCUGCCCCGCCCGGUUGUAAGAUGGCGGCGCCGGAGUCACGUGGGGCGCGCCCAGACUGGGACAUGGCGGCCGCGGAGGGAGCUGCGCUAGACGCAGAGAAUGAGAGAGAGGAGGUGGAGGAGCAGCUGGUCAUGGUGGAAUUAUCUGGAAUUAUUGAUUCAGACUUCCUAGAAAAAUGUGAAAACAAGUGUAAGAUUUUGGGAAUAGACACAGAUAGACCCAUUUUACAAGUGGACAGAUAUGUUUUUGCUGGACAGUAUGAAGAUGCCCUUGGAACGUGUGUGGUCUUUGAAGAAAAUGCAGAGCAUGUGGAUGCAGAAGGCAACCAAAAAGUACAGUUGAAAUACAAGUGCCACACAAUGAAGAAGCUAAACAUGACACGAACGCUCUUAACAGAAAAGAAGGAAGAAGAAGAGACCGUAGGCCGCGGUGAGCGAAGCAUUUGCAGAAGAGUUACAAAGAACAAACACUUGCCCUUAUCUGUUCUACUGUACCGAGCCAGCAAUUCUACACAAAGCGGUUAUGUCAUCUUAUAACUAAAAUAAUCAAAGUUUAAGGCAUAUAUUUUUUCUGAUUCCACACCUGCUUUUCUACUAUUUCUGGUACCACUUUUCUGUCAAGUUAACUGAUACCCUUAAUAUGGUAGUCUCCUUACUGCUUGGCUAAAACAUCCUCUCAGUGUCUUGAAUCAUAUAGAAACCAUUCUGGAGCAGUUUUUUGACAGUAGUGGAUGCUAUAAAAACCUAUUAAACGUGUUAUUUAAUUUUUUUAAACAAUGAGUUUGACAGGUGGUUUAAUAGCUGUAUUUUACACAGCAGCUGGUAGAUUAUAUCUCCGGCCUUUGGUUCCUCCUUCAGUUGAAAGAACUCUGGAGUCUGCACAACUAGUUUGUAUGUCAGAGAGAGCCUGAUCUUGAAUCAUUUAAUAGCAAUUACUGUCUGGCCAUUGUUCAGCCAGAAGUAUAACAUGGAAGACCUUCUGGUAUGAAGCUCUUAUUCAUAAAGCAAUGAAAAUGGGUGAUUAUCAGUCACCUGAAAGGAACUUUAAAGACCUUUCUUCCCUUAGUUCUUUGAAAAGAAUAUUAUAGUGGAGGAACAAAACUGUCAGUUCUGAAUUCUGUGCUGUAAUGUUUAGGCACAGUGAAGUUUAAAGAGCUGUUAAUUUUAGUUAAGAAUUUUCCUGAUCUGCUCAUUUCAAAAGGGUAAUAAUGGGAAAAGGUCUGUCCUACGCAACAGAAAGAAGUAAGGCCAACUGGAAGGCAUUGAGUAAUUUCUGUGUAGAAAUACUUUAUGCUCUCCAGUUUUUAAAGUAAGUGUCAGUUUCCACCCUUUGCCCUUCAGGGUUUUUGUAGCUGAAGCUUAUGGAAUGCACCAUCUCUUCUACAAUGGUGGUUUGUCUCAGCCUUGAUAAAGACUAUUACCUCUUGUAUGUUGUCUUGGAAUAAAACAAGUAACUAAUGAAACUAAGGUUCCUCUCCUGCUCUACCACUGUUUAAUCUCUUUCUUUGGAUCAGGUGGUGUGGAGUGGUUACAGAUCAAGGACAAAGAGUUCUCAUACAGCAGACCCAAUAUGAUUUGUAGCUUUCUGCGUGAAAAGGAAGA